AUGGAUCCUUUUGAUCUAGUCAGUGAAGACGUCCCCUCCAUCUCAUUUGAGCGAAAUCAGCUGGAGAUACUCGCAAAUCCAUGCGCCUUUUACAAUGCUGUGCGGGAUGGUGUCAAAACAGCUCGACGUCGCAUUGUUCUUGCAACCCUCUACCUUGGUACGGGGGAACUAGAACAACGUCUGGUGGAGGCAAUUGCAACAAAUAAAAACAAUCCACAGGUAACCCUACUUGCUGAUGCAACACGGUCCAUGCGUACAAUCAGGGCAACUGCAGAAUUUGUGGAUACUCAACAGCGAAGGAUGAACGGACGUACUUUCAUGACCACACAGUCCUCUCCCUUGUUCUUGCUUCGGCGCAUCGCGCAAUUACCAUCUUCCCAAGUGGCUCUAUAUCGGAAUCAUCGGCUACAUGGUUGGAUGCAUUGGGUUGUGCCUGAGAGGCUAAACGAACUUUUGGGUCUUCAGCAUAUGAAAGUUUAUGUUUUCGACGAUGACAUCAUCAUUAGUGGAGCAAAUCUGAGUGAAGAAUACUUUAAAACACGGCAGGAUCGCGCGUGGCUGUUCCGAGGCGUUCCAGCUCUGGCAGACUUCUACUCGAAUCUCAUUGACAUUAUUGUCUCCCUGAGCUAUCGGGUCACUGCAAAAGGCGAGCUUAAAGCCAUCUCAAAAGAAACCAAUCUAGAGUUGGCAGAAGGGAAGACCUACUGCAGCCUUUUCCGAUCGCGCAUUAAAGCCUUUCUUACAGAGGCAAGGGCGAAGUACGCUGCAACAAACGCACCAACUGUCUACGGCACUGCGGUUUUCCCUCUGGUGCAAAUGGGUGCCUACGGAAUACAUCAGGAAAUCCUGCUGGUGAAACGGCUUCUGCAUUUUUUGCCUGCAUGUGACCUAGCUUUCACUACUGGCUACUUCUGUCCCACUCAUGAACUCGAAGUGGCAAUGGCUGCUAUUGCUCAGCUUUCUGAACAUCAAGGCUCUCAAGUUAACAUCCUCUGCGCUGCGCCUCAGGCCAGCAGCUUCUUCAAUUCCAAAGGCCUCUCUGGAGUCGUACCAGCAGCGUAUCGUGAGAUGCUGAUCUCUUUCCUCCAACGCACUUCACAACUACCCAAUAUUCACGUACAAGAAUACUUCCGUCCCGGCUGGACCUUCCAUGCCAAGGGCCUCUGGGUGAACACUCAUGGGAUCGACGCCACCACUCUUGCGUCAAUUGGUUCAUCCAAUUACGGCUACCGGUCGCGGGACCUCGAUCUUGAGAGCCAAAUUGUAGUGGUCACACGCGACAUGGAGCUGCGGCGUCGGAUUGAGGCUGAGCGGAGGUGGCUGUGGGAUGCUCGCUACCUACGUCCAGUUACACUGGAAGGGCUUUUGCUGCCUACGGAACCACGAUUCAAGUGGUUCGCCAGGUGGACCUUACCCUUUCUUCGACGCAUCAUGUAG